UCUCUCUCUCUCUCUUUUCUUUUUUACUUCCAAUGAAAAUUGAGAUAUUGAAGAAGAGGGUCUGCGUCUGUUGAAAACUUGAAUUUUGGCCCCUAAUCUCUCUCUCUCUCUCACACACACACAAACUCUCUCUCUCUCUCUGCAAUUAACAUCAUUGUAGAGAGAGAAAGAAAGCGCGGGAUACGAAAUUUUUCUUCCUCGCACACAAAGGUGGUGGAGUAAACAAGCCCUAGAUAGCACCAGAUCCCACCCUUUUCCACUUUCCCGCCAAAAUCCAUUUUUGACCGUGACCCAGAUUCUCAAUCGGUGCCAAUUUCGCACCCUUCGAACCGUUUUCAUCGAUUCUUCGCGAAAAAAAAAUUGUUGAAAAAAAACCUAGUUUAAAAAUUUUGAAACAAAAUGGAUGAUUGGGAGUGUGAUUAUUUGUUUCUAGGGUUUGAAUUCCAAAUCAAUGGCAGGGCGGUCGGUGUUGAACGCCGGUGUUCGCGUAGAAGAUAGUGGCAGCAUUGUUGGAUGCUCAAACGACGGUUCUCAGCGCCGUUUCGAGGAGUUGGUUUCUGAGUUCACGAGCGAGAUCUGUGGGAGUGAUUAUUUUUUGCCUUUUCCGCCAAUGUUGGGUGAUGGGAAACCUGUGGAUUUGUAUAAGCUGUUUUUGGUGGUGAGAGGGAAGGGUGGAUACGACGCCGUUUGCAAUUGUAAGUUGUGGGAUAUCGUUGGGGAGGAGUCUGGGUUGGGUGUGAGUGUUGGUUCUUCUGUGAAGUUGGUGUAUAGUAAGUAUUUGAGUGCUUUGGAUGCGUGGUUGAAGAAGGUUGCGGAGAGUAAGGUGUCCCCUGAGUGUGGUGUGGUGGAUGAUAGGGACAAGUUCGGGAGGCGGUUGAUGGAGUUGCAGGCAGAGGUGGAAGGGUUGUUAUCUGGUUGUGGGGAGGGUGAUGUGGCUCGUGAGGAGGUCAAGGGUAGAGUUGAUGAUGAUGAUGAUAAUGUGGAUGGGAGGAAGUCGUGUGGUGAUGGAAAUGGAGGGUGUCUUCCUGAUUUGGAGGUGCCGGAGGGUGACAUGAAUGAGUCGGUUAUUGGAAGUGGGGGUGAGGGAAAUGAGGUUGAUGGAGGUGAAGGAGAUAGAAAUGGAGGGUAUCAUGAUUUGGAGAUGCCGGACCGCGAGGUGAAUGAGUCGGUGAAUGGAAACUCAGGUGAGGGAAACGAUGCAAUGGAAGUGGGGGAAGAGUUUGAUAGAGGGAUAAUGUCUAAAGAGCAGGUGGUGGAUGUAUCAGAUGGGGUGAACUACAGUGUGGCUGGAUUGUUGAGUGGAGGUCAGAAGUGUGGCGGCAAUGAUGAUAAGGGCUUGGUGUUGGAUCCAUCUGGUGGGGAUAGUGAUGGUCGAAAGAGGAAGAGAGACAUGUUGGAUUUGUCUGAUGGUGAUAGUGAUAGUGAUAGUUCUGAUCGUAAGAGGAUGAGAGAGUUUGCGUUGGAUAUGCUGAGCUGGGUUACAGGUGCCGCAAAGAAUCCCUGUGAUCCUGAAGUUGGUUCAAUACCUGAAAAGGCAAAGUGGAAGUCUUACAGUAAUCAGGAGGUGUGGAAACAGGUGCUGUUGUUUCGAGAAUCAGCGUUUCUCAAAAGAGGUUCUGAUCCAAGCAGUGAACAACGUAGCUGGCAGAGUCAGAAGAUGCACCCUUGCUUGUAUGAAGAUCACCUUGGGACAAACUACAAUCUUAGGGAUAGGUUGAAACGUGACAAGAAGAUUUUAGUUGGCCAAUCUACACCAUCUGCACGAAGCUCUUCUGAUUCAUCUGUAGGAGCUGAGAACAGAACACCAAGUCCUCAUACUGAAGAUCCCUCUGAUGCAAAUUCAGGUCUUGACAGAUGUGCCACCGUACGCAUCCCUUUGGGGGCAAAUCAUCAAGCUGAAAUACCAGAAUGGACCGGUGUGAUUUCUGAAGGUUAUUCUAAGUUUUCAGGGACCCCGAUAUGGCCAUUGGCAACAGCAAAUACCAGACUACUUAUUGAAAGGGACCCUAUAGGAAAGGGAAGACAAGAUUCAUGCGGCUGCCCUGUACCAGGUUCUGUUGAGUGUGUAAGAUUCCACAUUACUGAGAAAAGGGCUAAAGUUCAUCUGGAAUUGGGGGCAGUAUUUUAUGACUGGAAUUUUGAUCAGGUAGGUGAAGAUGUUAAGCUAUUGUGGAUGGAAGAAGAAGAGAAAAAAUUCAAGGAUGUGAUACGAUCAAACCCUCCAUCACCUGAGACAUAUUUCUGGGACCAUAUCUUUAGGGCAUUUCCUACGAAGAGCAGGGCAGAUUUAGUUAGCUACUACUUCAAUGUCUUUAUUUUGGAGCGCAGAGGAUACCAAAAUAGGCAUACUCCCAAUAACAUUAACAGUGAUGACGAGGACGAUGAAGCUGGACCACUGAGGAAUGUUUUCGGACAGCAGACACAAAAUUCGCGUGGUUCCAUCUUAUUAACCCCCAAAAAGUCACAGACAAAGAAAAAGUAGCAAGUGGAUGUUUGUCAAAACAAUAGGAGCUUUGUUGGGGAUGUAAAUUUUGACAAAUUUGUGCAUUCUCACUGGCAUUUUUCAGCAUCUAAGGAUCUUUCUCUCCUUGUUUAGAAGGUAAAUCAUCAUUGGUUUUAGAAGCAGAACUUUGGAGCUUAAAAUGGUUUUGUGUGUGGAGGAAGGGGGGGUGUAUUUGGUGGUGGAAGUGGGAAAAUUUUGGACAAACUUAGAAGCUGAUUGCUAAUCACAUGCUUCCGAUUUUGAGAUGCAUCUUCUGUCUGUCCACAGUGAUAUAUAGCUGCCUCAGAUUGCACAUUUUUUUUUCUUAAAACAAACUUGGUUUUGAUUGCAAGGUUUUACUUGAAGCUGAAGCCUUAGGGAAUAUAGGUCCACAUUUUAUUGUAGAGAGUCAUGAACAAAUACAUCAAAGUGCAAUUCAAAUUGUAGGUUUCAUAUGAUGCGACUUUAUAUUUUGAUUUGAUGUUUCUUACUUUCUUUCAAAGUGGUAUAGAAUUUGUUUUGGCUCAGAUAUUUUCAGUUUGGUGCCUAUCAAUAUUCUUAUUAUGCUAAGUAUUUGUCUGUUCUAUUUAUAUCUUCUGCACAUUCUAGAGUUGUUUUGUACUUUGUUCUGCCGGAAGAAAUUAUUGAUACCCCACCUCUCCCUUCUCUA